GGAACUAACGAGGAUUUGAUCAUAUCGAUUUUGGGUCAUCAAAAUGCUGCUCAGAGGAAGCUGAUUCGAGAAACUUAUUUUGAGACUUAUGGAGAAGAUCUCCUCAAGGCCUUGGACAAGGAGCUCAGCAAUGACUUUGAGAGGCUGGUACUUCUUUGGACACUUGAUCCUGCUGAGCGAGAUGCAUUUUUGGCGAACAAAGCAACCAAAAGAUGGACUUCAAGCAAUCAUGUUUUGAUGGAAAUAGCUUGUACCAGGUCCUCUGACCAAUUGCUUUUCGCAAGGAAGGCUUAUCAUGCUCGUUAUAAGAAGUCUCUCGAGGAGGAUGUUGCUCAUCACACAACCGGGGAGUUCCGUAAGGUACUGCUUCUAGUUCUAGAUCAUAAUUAUGAGUACGUUGUAAAAUAUUGUACAUAUAUUAAUGUGAAGCGUGUGAUAUCUUCAUUUGUUAAUGGUUAUGUUAAUAGAUCACGCUUUAAGAUCUUAGGUUUAUAUACUGCGCAGUGGACGUGA